UGAAAAAGUGACAAAAAGUUUUGAUUACAAGUUUGAAACCACAACUCAAUUAACCACUCAUUAAAUACUCAUUAAAUACAAUAACACACCGAUUGACACAAACACUGAUUACACGUCAAUAUAUUGGGUAUAAAUAAAGUUUUUAUUAUAAAUCUCUGUGUGAAUGAAAAUUGUGGUCAAAAGUGAUGAUAAUUUGAUGCCAUUAUAAAUAAUCGGUUGAAUUGAAUGAACAAAACACACAAAUAGUGGCCAUUGAGUGAAGACAUGUCAGUGCCGUGUAUGUGAUGAUAAUGAGCGGAGGUGUGGGUGCGAUGGGGGGCAGGGAUGACGCCAUCACCGCUAAGUUCAACGCCACCAACGCUAAGAGGAUUGCCUUAAUACUAGUGAUGGCAUUGAUUGCAUACCACGGAGUACUUCAUCUCACUUAUGGCAUAAAGUCCUGUAAAUGGCUUCUAAGAGACGGGAGUUUCCAUGGAUUUGGGGAUUACAGCGUUUGGCAGCCGUACGGAUGUAUGAUUCAUAACUACAAUAAAAUUGAUACCCGGAUGUGUUUGCGAUACAUAGCCUAUUGGGGCGGAAAGAAUAAUAUCGUCUUUUUGGGUGACUCUCGGAUCAGACAAUUAUAUUAUGCGUUCAUUAAGACGUGUAGUCCUAAUGAGAACCUCAUUAACACCGACUCUCCAGCGCAUCACGACUUGGAGUAUAAGGAACGGGAUCUCAGACUCGAAGUAGAAUUUCUUUGGCACCCGAUUGUCAACGAUUCCAUGGCUGACGUGUUUAGACAAUGGCUGCGCAAAGAUGUGACCGAAAGACCCAAUCUAAUAGUGAUGGGAAGUGCCACGCAUUCCAUCAAAUCG